AUGCUCAUUUUCUGUUGUUUCCAUGACAACCCAGACGCCUCUAGACAGAGAGUGAUGUCUUCGGUCAAAGUGGAGAGCGCAGUGAAGGCGGGCGCUCUGCUUGGUGAAGGGCCGGUGUGGGAGGAGUCCGAUCAGACGCUGCUGUUCGUUGACAUUGUUGGACAGAAAAUCCACCGCUGGAGUCCGGCGACCAAUCAGAUCCAGUCCUUGGAAACAAGUCAGCCAAUCAUCAUGCAGGAAUCAUUCCACAUCAUUUUUUUGUUGCAGUUUCUAAAUUAUUAACCUGUCUGUCCAUCUUCAGGUGACAUGGUGAGCUUUGCAGUCCCUCGCAAGUCAGGUGGUUACGUGGCAGGAGUUGGUCGCAGCAUUGUUGCUGUUGAUUGGUCGACUCAGGCGAUGACACCACUGCUGGAGUUGGACGGUGACAAGCCAAAUAACAGACUUAAUGACGGGAAGGUCGAUCCGAUUGGACGGCUGGUUGCAGGUAGGUGAAGCCUACCUGUCCAUGUGAAGCAGUGUUGCUAUGGUGACAGCAGCUGUUGUAUUUUGUUUCAGGGACGAUGGGCAGAGAGGUGAGACCUGCAGAGCUGGAGAGGAAGCAAGGAUCUCUGUUCUCUGUAGACCCUGACCUGAAGUGGACAAAACACCUGAGCCAGGUAUCCACCUGUGUGUUUAUGUGUCUACAUCUUUAAAGGGACAGUGUUAAAGGUAAUCGUCAAUAAAGAGUGCAUCACCCACUGGAGUUCCCCCUCAGCCUGGGCCCCUUGUAUAGAAAACAGUCAGUGACCUGGAACCAAAGCUUGGCUCUCGACUUCUGCAGAUGGACGCGACUGACCACAAAGUUCAGCUAAUUAUAAUAAAUGACAUCCAGAACACUCUUCUGGAUACAAGGACAAGCUCUUACUGUCUCUGUCUCUCUCAGGUAGUCAUAUCUAAUGGGAUGGACUGGUCUUUGGAUCAGAGGAUGUUUUUCUAUAUCGACACUCUGGCUCUGAGUGUGGACGCCUUUGACUACGACAUAACCACAGGACAGCUAGGUAAGAGUGUACUGGUACUACAUUAUCGUGUUUAUAUAUUUGCGUAAUUAUUCUAUACUUAUGUCAUCAUGUGUGCAGCUAUACACCAUUUAACCUUUUCAUGUGUAGCCUACUUAUGGUGCGUUUGAGUUACUUCGGAAGUAAGAAGUCCGAGCUGAAAAUGACAUCACAACUGAGUUACCAGCGUUUCAGUAACCAAGUCGGAAAAAAGCAAAAUCAAAAGCGGAAACAAGAAAGUUAUUUUAGCGCUUGCCUCGGCUGAAAAAAAGGCAAGCGCUAAAAUAACUUUUGUAGAUGUAGCCAACUCGAGUGUGACGUCAUUUUUAGCUGGGACAUCUGACUUCCGAGGUAACGCGAACGCAGCAUAUUACUGUAUUAUUUUUUAUAUAGUUACGCUAAUUUCUGCUUAUAUAUGUGUACUAUUAGUUGUAUUAGGUUUAAUUGUAUCUAAUUGUGUUUAUGUGUUGCCUAGGUAACCGUCGCGUAGUCUACCAUAUGGAGAAGGAGGAGGGGCUUCCUGAUGGGAUGACACUUGAUGCUGAAGGUCGUUUGUGGGUCGCUUGUUACAACGGCGGACGAGUCAUCAACAUUGACCCAGUAACUGGUCAGUAAUACUGGUUAUACUGGUAAUACGGGUUAGAUCAGGGGCUCCUCAAAAUUUUAUUGAGAUUAAAGGUUGUUGUAUGUUCUCAGGUGUGCGUCUGCGCACAGUCUCUCUGCCCGUCAUGAAAACCACUUCCUGUUGUUUUGGAGGUCCAGACUUCUCUGACCUGUAUGUGACCUCAGCCAGUCUGGACAUCCUCCAAUCAGAGAAGCAAUCUCAGGCGGAGGCGGGGAAUAUCUUUAAGGUGAGUCUCUUAACUCACCUGUUUACACUCUGCACAGCGCACACACACACACACAUACACACAACUGACCAUCUCUUAUCUGUAUGUGUGUGUGUGACAGGUUACAGGACUCGGAGUCAAAGGUCGUCCAUCAUGGUUUUUCUCGGGAUGA